AUGUUGCAGCAUUCGAAGAUUGACAUGAUAUUCAAGUCGCUUCGCGACGUCGUUGUUGUCGGUGACAACGACAUGGUGAUUCUUGACAUGAAUCGUUCUGCGUGCGACUUUUUUGGCUGGAGCGUUGAAGAGGUGCGGGGUAAAAGCAUCACAUUCCUCAUUCCCAAGUAUCCCCUUGAUGUUUCCGAUGGCACCGUGACGCUUGUUGCCCGGUUGAAAAACUCUGUCGACAUCCCUGUUGUCAUCCAGUCAACGCGUGAUCCGCAUGCGAGCAUGGUGGGGUGGACUAUACUGCCGAUCAUCCUCCCACGUGUGUUUGACUUUGGGGUGCACAUGAACCUUCGCGCCGCUCUCACACCAAAACUUUCCGUGGAUGACUUGGAUUUUCAGUCGCGCCGCGUUUUUGUGCGCGUGGACUUUAACGUGCCAUUUGACAAGGCUACGCAAAACAUUCGGGAUGACAGCCGCAUCCGUGCCUCCAUUCCGACCAUCAUGAAAAUUGUCCGUGAUGGUGGUCGUGUCAUUGUUGCUUCGCAUCUUGGGCGGCCGAAAAAGCCGGACGAUCGGCACUCGCUAAAGAGGAUCUUACCCCGUUUUGAGGAGCUUCUUGGCAAAAAGGUGGUUUUCUGUCCAAGCCUGGAAGAGGCGCCCCGAAUCGUCAACGCCAUGAAAAAUGGAGAGGUCAUGCUUUUGGAGAAUCUUCGUUUUUUCCCAGGUGAGGAUGCGACGCACACUGUGGAGCGCAAUCGGAUGGCAUUAAAGUUAGCAUCCUUCAUUGACAUUUACGUUUGCGAUGCAUUUGGUACAGUGCAUCGAAUGACAGCAAGCAUGACUGGUCUUCCGCGUAUAUUGGGGGCUGGUGUCACAGGCUACUUGAUUGACCGUGAGAUCAGGGCGAUUAGUAUGGCGAUGCACAACCCCACUCUUCCAUUACUCUGCAUUGUGGGGGGUGCAAAGGUCUCAGACAAGAUCACUGUGCUUUCGAGCAUCAUGAAUUUUGCCCAGACCAUUAUUAUCGGUGGCGCCAUGGCCUACACUUUUCUUGAGGCGCAAGGGCAUUCAUGUGGUAACUCCAGGGUGGAGCGCACCGCGAGAGAAAAGGGACGGGAUUUGGAUCUUCAUGCUAUCGCACGGGAAUUAAUAGAUCGCGCAAGAGCAAAGAAGGUACGAAUCAUUCUACCCGUGGAUCAUAACUGUGCCAAGUCGUUCAGCAACGAAGUGCCGUUUACGACAAGCGGGGCAGAUAUACCAGAUGGGUACAUGGCCUUGGAUUUUGGCCCAAAGACAAAUGCGAUUUGCUCCAAGGCAGUGGCAGAGUGCCGAACGCUCCUCUGGAAUGGACCUGUGGGCGUGUUUGAGUUUUCAAAUUUCGCCACAGGGACAGUUUCCUUGGCGGAGGCAAUCCAACGGAAUGACCGACUCGUUUCCAUCGUGGGUGGAGGUGAGACGGCAGCGGCCACGAAGCGUUACAAGAGCAGCAUCACGCACACCAGCACGGGGGGAGGGGCUUUUUUAGAGCUUCUUCAAGGCAAAGCCCUUCCAGGGCUCAUAUGUCUCACGGCUCAGGCUGAACCCAGGCUAUGA